UUAUCCUCCUUCCAUGCCCUUUUAAACCUCCUCCUCUUCCUCCUUUUCAGUGUCUCCCCAGGCAAACGAGAGACAUCUCCUUUAUCCUCCCUCCGUCCCCUUUUAAACCUCCUCCUCUUCCUCCUUUUCAGUGUCUCCCCAGGCAGACAAGAGAGGCAUCUCACAUCUCCUUGAGUGGCCUGAUAAUAAGCUGAGUGGAGUGCUGCUGACUGACAUCCCCCUCCUCCAUUACUUCUUCCUCCUCCCCUUAGGCUCUCACUGCCCCCACCCUCCCCCUACACACACACACCAGGGCUGGAUCACCAGGACCUGCUUGAGAGCGCUGCCUUCUCCAUCAUACCAGACAGCUGUGCUUGAGUGUGUGCUUGUGUGUCCCUACCUCAGCCUGCCUCUCUCUCUUUCUCUUGUCCCUCUCUCUCUUUACCCUGUCCUUCUCUCUUUCCUUUCGCUCUGCCUUAGACACUGUCAUCCACUCCCACUUCUCUCUCUCCCCUCCCUCCUCUCUCUCUACCCCCCCCCCCCUCUCUCCUACCCGCCCUCCCCUCCUCCCUCUCUCUUUCUCGGCUGUCCUUGACGGUGCUCUGUGGCAGAGCAGAGCUCUGUAGUGCUGGGUUGUGCAGGAGGAAGCAGGCAGCCAGCCUUUGCCCAGUGGAUACAUUCUGUUCUGUCUCUUCCAAACGCUGCUGCCGUUACCCGGGAUACGCAUUCGGCCUGCCGUGCUGCCAGUGGAGACGAGGGCCUUAUGCCAAUCUGCCAUGUCGACUGAGUGCCAACCUAAGGGGAACACGUUUUAAAGUGCCCAUUGCGCCAUGUCUGCCACACAGCUGGAGGAGACAGAAAAUGUUUUUGACCUGAACGAGGCCAUCCCAGAGACAGAGCUGCUGGACAACAGCAUACAGAAGGGGCGUGCCCAGCUGUCCGUCAAAGCCAGGAGGCACCGCCCCUCUCGCUCUCGCUUCCGAGACAGUGUCAGCUCCACAGAGGGAGAUGACAGUCUGGAGAGGAAGUGUCUGGACUCCGUCCGUUCCCCCCUCCACUCCACCCUGCGAGGAGGCUCCUCCCCUUCUCCUGAUUCGCUCCUCUCCUCGUCCUCCCCUUGUCCCACCUUACGGAGCCCCGUGUUCUCCUUCGACACCUCCUCCUUACGGCGCUCCCCGGAGGAGGGCGGGACCGGGUCGCCAGCCCCUCGGGGGCGGUACCGCCAGCUGACAAAUGCCACGUCUCAGGAGGCCCUGGUGACCACGCCCAACAGCUCUCCCUCCAAGUCGUGUCCCAGUUCGGACUGCUCGCCUGUUUACAUUCGACGGGCACGACGCCCAGACAGUGAGGUAUUAGUUUCAGAAGACAGUCGAGACACCAGCCCGGCUGACCCCGGCAACAACAGCCUUAUCUUUGACAAGAAGACCAAGAGGAGAUUCUUGGACCUGGGGGUCACGUUGAGACGCUCCUAUGUGAGGGUCAGAAAAGACAAGUCAAACAGACUGUCAAUGGGAAGCCGGGAGCCAUCUGAGAGCCCGUCCAGGUCCUCUGGCUCUUUCGUGCCUUUCUCCUGGUUCACUGACAGCACCAGGGGCUCCGUGUCGUCCGGGGCAACUCCGCCCUGCUCCCCCAAACUGGUCUCACAGGACUGCAGCCCCCGCAAGUCCAACUCCCAGGAGUCUGCCCUGAGUGAUGAGUUCUCACCGCCCCCCUGUAGUCCCCCUCACGCCUCCAGUGGGACCACAGCCGACUCAUCUUCCCGCUCCUCACAACGCUACCAGACCCUCUCCCAGUCCUCAGACGAGCCUAUAGACGAGCCGCUGUGCCUAGUGUCAUCGUGGAGCACCCAGCAGGUGUGCCAGUGGCUGAAGGGGUUGAACAUGGAGCAGUACAUCCCAGAGUUCACUGCCAGGGACAUCGAUGGGGAGCAGCUCCUCCUGAUGGAUGGCACCAAGCUCAAGGGUUUGGGAGUGAACAGUUCCACGGACCGCAGUGCGCUGAAAAAGCGGAUCAAAGACAUUCACGCAGCAGCGGAAAAGGAGCGCAAGGCCCUGGACAAACUGGAACGCCAGAAAGAGAAGCAGCGCAAAAAGGAACAGGAGCUACGCAAGCUAAACACAAGCUAAACAUAACCACCAGAUGGCGCUAAAUCACCACAGAAAUACUCCUGACUAGAAACUGGUGUUGGUGCACAUCUCCAACUCCCACAUUAUCAUGAUAGCAUUGAUGCUAAGUGGAGUUUUGUGCAAAAAGUUGGAAUUUGCUCAUAGACUUUCGUACUGUACCUCUGGUUUGGAUGUGAGUCUUUGAACCCUGCGAUGGGCGGGACAGUGUGUUGUCUAUCACUGACAAAUGAAUAAUAACAGAAUGAAAGCUCCAUGCUCUUCUUGUCAAAUGGAUUUAUUUUAGACCAAGAUCGGAAGCCCAGAGUGGGCAUGUGAGAGGCGGGUCGCGAGUUAUGAGAAUACAUCUAGUCACACACUAUUUAUUCUUAAUUUGGGUAGUUGGAGGACAAUUGGUUCACGGCAGGACAGUCCAUUUCUAACUUGGGUCCCGAGGUGAAAAAGCUAAAGAACUGUUUUUGACCAAUCAAUCAGUGGUUGACAGAACAUGAUAGGUCCCGCCCAUAUUGGGGUUCAGUUGUCUCAUUCUUCCUGGCUAUGAAACACGUGUUGUUCUUUGUCAGUCAUCAAGGUUAUCCUCCCUUGUGGAAAAAAAUUGGACUAAUAAUUUGUUACUGGAAUUGAAUAUGUGUUAUAAACUCAGCAAAAAAAUAAACGUCCUCUCACUGUCAACCGUGUUUAUUUUCAGCAAACAUGUGUAAAUAUUUGAAUGACCAUAAGAUUCAACAACUGAGACAUAAACUGAUCUAGUU